CGAAACUUCAGAGUGAGUGAAAAGAAAUGAAUUCAUUCUGUUCAGUGGAGGAUUUAACUCUGUAUCUGACAACUGCGGCGAUGACGGAGGGAACACACCUGCGGAGGCGAGGAGGGCCGUACAAGACGGAGCCCGUCACAGACAUGAGCCGCUGGAGGCUGACCAAUGUGGAGGGCAGGCAGACGUGGCGUUAUGUGGAAGAUGAAGAAACUCCAGACAGAGAACAGACCAUGUUAGAAGCCCAUUCGCUGGGUCUCGACACGACUAAGUUCGUCUCUGGCUCGCCAGCCGCCCACACGGCUGUGGAUGCUGCUCUGAAAGGUAUGAACUUCUACAGACACCUCCAAGCUGAGGACGGUCAUUGGGCAGGAGACUACGGCGGCCCUCUCUUCCUGCUACCAGGUCUCCUGAUUACGUGUCAUGUGGCUAAAAUCCCUCUGGGAGCGGCCUGGAAGAAGGAAAUGGUGCGAUACCUGCGCUCCGUUCAGCUGCCAGAUGGAGGCUGGGGACUACAUAUUGAAGAUAAGUCGACCGUGUUUGGCACAGCGCUGAGCUACACCUCGUUAAGGAUCCUCGGAGUGGAGCCUGAUGAUCCAGAUAUGGUUCGAGCCAGAAACAACCUGCACAGCAAAGGAGGUGCAGCAGGUAUUCCUUCGUGGGGUAAAUUCUGGUUGGCCAUUUUAAAUGUCUACAGCUGGGAAGGGAUGAACACACUCCUGCCAGAGAUGUGGUUGUUCCCCACCUGGAUGCCAGCUCACCCCUCCACCCUGUGGUGUCACUGUCGCCAGGUUUACCUCCCCAUGAGUUACUGCUACGCUGUCAGACUGGCAGCAGAGGAGGACUCGCUGGUCCUCAGCCUCAGACAGGAGCUCUAUGUCCAGGACUACGCCACCAUCGACUGGCCGGCUCAGAGGAACAAUGUGGCAGCUUGUGACAUAUACACACCUCACAGCACCCUGCUCACCGUCGCCUACAUGGUGCUGAACGUGUACGAAGCCCACCACAGCAGCAUGCUGAGGGGGAUGGCUGUCAAAGAGCUGUACGAUCACAUCCAGGCCGACGACCGUUUCACUAAAUGUAUCAGCAUCGGACCGAUCUCCAAGACGAUCAACAUGCUGGUUCGUUGGUACGUGGACGGUCCGUCCUCUGCGGUCUUUCAGGAGCAUGUCUCCAGGAUCCCAGACUACCUCUGGUUGGGAUUGGACGGCUUGAAAAUGCAGGGAACCAACGGAUCUCAACUCUGGGACACUUGUUUUGCUGUGCAGGCUUUCCUCGAGGCGGGAGCCCAGGAUAACCCCAGACUCGCUGAGUGCCUCCGAGACGCCCAUCAAUUCCUCGCUCUCACACAGAUUCCUGAUAAUCCUCCUGAAUACCAAAAAUACUACAGACAAAUGAACAAGGGAGGUUUCCCCUUCAGUACCCGCGACUGUGGCUGGAUCGUGGCCGACUGCACAGCCGAGGGCCUGAAGUCAGUGAUGCUGCUGCAGGAGCUCUGUUCCUCCAUCAGCCAGCCGAUCCGCUCAGAGCGCCUCUACGAUGCCGUCAACGUGCUGCUGAGCAUGAAAAACUCAGACGGUGGGUUUGCCACGUAUGAAACGAAGAGAGGAGGGAAACUACUGGAGCUGCUCAACCCCUCUGAGGUGUUUGGUGAUAUCAUGAUAGAUUAUACCUAUGUGGAGUGUACAUCAGCCGUUAUGCAGGCUCUGAGGCAUUUCCAGAAGGCCCAUCCUGAACACCGUGCUGAGGAGAUAAGCUCCACCCUUAGAGAAGGACUGGAGUACUGCAGGAAGGUGCAGAGGCCUGAUGGAUCCUGGGAAGGGUCUUGGGGAGUGUGCUUCACAUAUGGAGCGUGGUUCGGCCUCGAAGCUUUUGCUUGUAUGGGUCACGUCUACAAGGAUGAGGAUGUGUGUGUGGAGGUGCAGAAAGCCUGUCAGUUCCUGCUGGAUUGGCAGAUGCCAGACGGAGGCUGGGGGGAGGACUUUGAGUCGUGUGAGCAGCGUUGUUACAUCCAGAGCAGCGAGGCUCAGAUCCACAACACCUGCUGGGCUUUGUUAGGCCUCAUGGCUGUCAGACAUCCUGACCAGCGGGCCAUUGAGAGAGGAGUCCAGCUGCUGAUUGACAAGCAGCUGCCCAACGGAGACUGGCCACAGGAGAAUAUUGCAGGUGUGUUCAACAAGAGCUGCGCUAUCAGCUACACCUCCUACAGAAACGUCUUCCCCAUCUGGACCCUCGGACGCUUCUCAACACUUUACCCCUUCAGUCCCCUAACUGGGAAGAUCAAGCUGUGAAGACCUUUAAAAAAAAUGGAUGAGAACACUACAUGUAAAUGUCUGUCAAAAAGCUCAAACACUUAAUGGAAAGUGUAUAUUUUCUGACGCUACCUGAACUGUCUCAAUGGAGUAACGAGUGUUAAUGACGUGAAGCCAGCCCACAAAUUAUGCAUUAUGCAUUAUGCAUGUGGCCCUUUUUUAAGUGUAAAUUUCCACAAUGGACAUGUGGUGUGAUGUGUCAGAUGUGAUUUCAGAGAUAAAUCAAUCAGAAAAAAAACAUUUCGUUCUCUGAAUUUCUGUCUAUGUUGACAUUCCAGCGUGGCUAGUCUGUUGUAGCCAUGACGAUAAGAUCUGCUGCUAUCCAAGACACGUAGGUAAUGUGGUUAAAAAAAAAUGUGUUUACUGUAUGUUCACAUUGCCUUACAGCCCUGUCUCCUUCCUUUUAAUUAUGUAUUAUGUGAAUUUAGAAUAAAGAAUUUUUCUAUGG